AUGCAUCCCAUUCAACGCCAAUGGCUUUUAUUACUGCUCUCUUCUGCUAUGAUCUUCAACGUCAUUGUACAAGCAGAGGCAGCACAAUCAACUCAAGGAUUAGUUGAUCUCUUGCAUCGAAGACUACCUGCUCAUGUCGAUGACUUCAAGUUUCAGAUACGAAGAAACCAUACGUUGGGGGUGACGAAUGAUGAGUACGUUGUAUCUCAAACCUCAAGGGGGAUGAUUUUGGUUGAAGGGAAUUCGUUGAGUGCUCUUGCUAGUGGGUUACAUAGAUACUUCGCAGAUGUCCUACACAUUGAUAUCUGGUGGUACAUUGGUUCUCAACUCCAUCUUGCUCCUGAAAAGUUACCACCUCUAAAUUCAACAUUGAAAGGAUCAAGUAUCGUACCAUGGCGAUAUCAUUUCAAUACCGUUACGUUUUCCUAUACAGCGGCCUUUUGGACCUGGGAAGACUGGGAACUUCAACUAGACUGGAUGUCCCUUCACGGCAUAAAUCUCUCUCUCGCCUGGGUAGGUUACGAGAAAACCUUACUGUCCACCCUCCUCACCCUCGGCCUCACCACAACUGAGAUCCUUCUAUUCUUCUCCGGCCCGGCCUUUCAAGCCUGGAAUCGAUUUGGCAAUAUUCAAGGAUCCUGGGGCGGAUCCCUCCCCCUCUCUUGGAUUGAAGACCAACAUCUUCUCCAAAAGAAGAUUGUACAACGAAUGGUAGAAUUAGGCAUCACGCCCGUUUUACCCGCUUUUACUGGUUUUGUACCGAUUGCAUUGAGAAGAGUAGCGCCAAAUGCGAAUAUCGUUAACGGAAGUGAUUGGGCAGAUAUUUUUCCAAUCGAGUAUUCAAACGAUACAUUUCUCUAUCCUACCGAUCCUCUCUUCACCACUCUCCAACAUACCUUCCUCGGGCUUCAAUCUGAAUAUUACGGGAAUGUUACGCAUAUCUACACACUAGAUCAGUACAAUGAAAACAAUCCAGCAUCCGGAGAUCUCUCAUAUCUAGGCAACGUAUCACGUGGAACUUAUGAAUCCCUCCAAUCCUUCGACUCAAAUGCCGUUUGGAUGUUACAAGGUUGGCUUUUCUAUGCCCUUUCAUCAUUCUGGACACAAGAUCGAAUCGAAGCUUAUAUCGGUGGUGUCCCAAAUAACGAGAGCAUGUUAAUUCUAGAUCUCUUUUCCGAAUCGUACCCCCAAUGGGGGAAUACGCAUCAAUAUUAUGGCAAACCAUGGAUAUGGUGUCAAUUGCAUAAUUAUGGUGGGACUCUGGGUCUAUACGGUCAGAUUGAUAAUAUAACAAAUUCUUCGAUCGACGCGUUUCGGGAAUCGGAGAAGAUGGUGGGAAUGGGGAAUACGAUGGAGGGACAGGGGGGCAAUGGAUUGAUGUACGAAUUGCUUCUGGAUCAGGCGUGGAAUACCAAUCCUAUUGACACGGAGGUUUACUUCAAGUAUUGGGUAGAGAAACGAUAUCAGAUUGCGGGAACAGAGCAGCAGAUACCGGGAGAAAUAUAUGAAGCUUGGGAUAUCCUCCGAACAACAGCUUAUAACAACACGAAUACAACUCUCUCAGAUAGCUUACCAAAGUCAGUACUCGAAAUGCAACCUAACAUUACGGCGUUACAUGGACGGUUAGGACUACCUGCCACGAUCGAUCUCUAUAAUCCAGAUGAUCUCAUCAGAGCUUGGAAUUUGUUGUACAACGCGUCAGUACAGGUCCCGGAGUUAUGGGAAGAUGAGGGAUGGAAAUUCGAUAUGGUGGAUGUUACGAGGCAGGUUCUUGCGGAGAGGUUUAAGCUAAUCUAUAAGGAAUUGAUCAAGAAAUAUAUGGAAGGAACGGAUAUUUCAAGGGAUGGUGAGAUACUGGUUGGGAUAUUGAGGAGCUUAGAUGAUGUACUAUCUACAUCUCCUCAUUUCCGAUCAGAUACUUGGGUUGACUCAGCUGUAAGAAUGGUAUCUUCUUCACCCGUCUCUCCCUACACGGAAACCACACUCUCCUCUUCCCUCACGAGUUCCACCUCACCCCCCUCACCCCAUCACUCCUCGCCAACAUCAAAUCUUACGCAAACCCAACGCUUCUUCGCCUACAACGCCAUCAACCAAAUUACAAUCUGGGGACCCACGGGACAGAUUGAAGAUUAUGCAUCUAAGAGCUGGGGGGGUCUUGUAAAUGGGUAUUAUCUGCCCAGAUGGGAGAUGUUUUUGGAGUAUAUUGGAGAGGUGGGGUUUGCGGAAUAUAUUGCGACGGAUAUCUUGGGGCAAUUGAAAAGAUUUGAGGAGGAGUGGCAGUGGAUUGGUGGUUUAGGUGAUGUAAGAGGGGUGAGAGGAGAGGAUAGUGAUAGUGAGAGGGAGAGGGAUUUGAAAAUGUUGGUUACGGAGUUGAUUGGGGAAUUUGGGAAAUUUGGGGUGUGA